GGCCUCUGUGACCACUCUCUAAAAUCUUUAAGCUCCAGAAUCACCGAGCGGAAGCUGCAGGGCACAUGGCUGCCUGCUGGCCGAGGCAAUGUGGAGAAACCACUCCUGGGGCCACAUGGCUCCGUGGUGCCCAUGUUCAGCCCUCAGAAUGGUCUUCACUCCGUCCAUGCUGACAGUAGUACCCUAAAGCCCAGGGUGGUGACCGUGGUGAAGCUGGGUGGUCACCCCCUCCGGAAGAUCACUCUGCUCCUCAACAGACGGUCCGUGCAGAGCUUUGAGCAGCUCUUGGCGGACAUCUCUGAGGCCCUGGGCUUUCCCAGAUGGAAGAACGAUCGCGUGAGAAAACUCUUCAACCUCAAGGGCAGGGAGAUCAGGAGUGUCUCUGAUUUCCUCCGGGAAGGGGAUGCUUUCAUAGCCAUGGGCAAAGAACCGUUGACGCUGAAGAACAUUCAGGUAGCUAUAGAAGAACUGUACCCCAGCAAAGCCCGGGCCCUGACACUGACCCAGCACAGCCGAGCCCCUUCUCCGAGGCUGAGAAGCAGGCUUCACAGCAGGGCCCUGAGAGGGGGACACCACUGUGGGGAGACCGAGGCUGCCAAGAGCUGCGGUGAGGCUGCCCGGUCCAAGGCGGCCAUCAGACAUCAGGGAAAGGCCCCCGUGGAGCCAGCGCUGGGAGACAGGGCCAGGCCCCAGAAGAAGUGGGCCGGGGGGAAGUGGGAGCCUGAGUCGGGCGGCAGGCCGCCCAGGGAAGGCACUCUGGAGAGACCUGCGAGUGGAGAGAAACACCCGGGCGUGGAGAUCGAAAGGACCUCGGGUGAGCCCAUCCGAUGUGAGAAGUGCAAGAGAGAGAGGGAGCUCCAGCAGGGCCUGCAGAGGGAGCGGCUGUCCCUAGGGACCAGCGAGCUGGACUUGGGGAAAUGCCACAGGUAUGACGCAGCGGAGAAGCUGGUGAGGACCAGGAGCUGCAGGCGGUCCCCCGAGGCCCACCGUGCAGCCGGGGAGGAAGGGUGGAAGGGCGAGAGCCACAGGAGCAGCCCCAGGAACCCCCCUCAGGAGCUGAGGAGGCCCGGGAAAAACCUGGACAAGAAGGAGGACAGAGACCCCGAAGGUCAGGAAGGUCAAGCUCAGGCAGCCGCCAAGGCCAAGAGGGAGCUCAGCGAAGCCCAGCCUGUCAGAGAGGAGGGGCUGCGGGACGUGAGGAGGGAGGCCAGGAGCGCCUGCAGGAACAGGCCAGGCAGCCGGCAGCCCAGGGAGCAGCAGGCGGAGCCCGAGGCACUUCCGGAGCCGCGCGGGGGCGAGCCGGACGCGGACCGGGAGAAGCCGCCCUGUACGCCGGCGUCAGGGGCCAGAAAACCGGCCGCUCGCGGGGAGAGGGAGCCCAGGGGCGGUCGGAAGCGGCGGCCCGCGGGCCUCCUGGCGACCGACGUGCACAAGCAUUACGAGGCGGGCCGUGUGCUCGGGGACGGCAACUUCGCGGUGGUCAAGGAGUGCCGGCACCGCGAGACCCGGCAGGCCUACGCCAUGAAGAUCAUCGACAAGUCCAAGCUCAAGGGCAAGGAGGACAUGGUGGACAGCGAGAUCCUGAUCAUCCAGAGCCUCUCCCACCCCAACAUCGUGAAGCUGCACGAGGUGUACGAGACGGAGGCGGAAAUCUACCUGAUCAUGGAGUACGUGCAGGGCGGGGACCUCUUCGACGCCAUCAUGGAGAGCGUGAAGUUCGCCGAGCGCGACGCCGCGCUCAUGCUCAUGGACUUGUGCAGGGCGCUGGUGCACCUGCACGACAAGAGCAUCGUCCACCGGGACCUGAAGCCGGAAAACCUGCUGGUUCAGCGAAAUGAGGACAAAUCUACCACCUUGAAAUUGGCUGAUUUUGGCCUUGCAAAGCAUGUGGUGAGACCUAUAUUUACUGUGUGUGGGACUCCAACUUAUGUAGCUCCUGAAAUUCUUUCUGAGAAAGGUUACGGGCUGGAAGUGGAUAUGUGGGCCGCAGGCGUGAUCCUGUAUAUCCUACUGUGUGGCUUCCCUCCUUUCCGCAGCCCAGAGAGGGACCAGGACGAGCUCUUUAACAUCAUCCAGCUGGGCCACUUCGAAUUCCUGGCCCCUUACUGGGACAAUAUUUCUGACGCUGCCAAAGAUCUGGUGAGCCGGUUACUGGUGGUAGACCCCAAAAAGCGCUACACCGCCCACCAGGUCCUUCAGCACCCCUGGAUUGAAACUGCGGGAAAGACUAGCACAGCGAACCUCCAGAAGGAGGUGCCCCCUGGCAGUGAAGGCCACAUCCGGAGGCAGCACAAGUGGUCUGCUGAGCAAGCCUCGUAG